AUGAGUCCCGCAACACGUCUACUUGACGAAUACCUCAGGGAAGGGGGGUACCAAAAAUGGGGCUGGGUGAUCUAUCGCUCCACGUAUCAAAACGACGAAGACUGGAACUGCUUCAAGGGGGUGAUUACAGAGGCAAUGCGCAAAUCCAUCGAUCUGAGUUUGACAUUCCUUGAGGACCGGCCCAACUUUGAGAAUGCAUCAAAGGAUCAGCUUCGCGCGCACUUUCGGGAGUGGGCUCAGCGUGCGUACUAUGCUGAAAACCCGCGACCAUUUGAAGAAUUCAACCCCGACCUGGCGACUGCACCCAGGUACCGGUACUUUAUCCAGAUUGAUGAAAAGUCUCUGCAAAGCCUUCUUCAUGACACUGAAAGUGGUCCUCGGUUGAAGGGUCUACAAAGUAAUGGCUAUGUGAAUUUUGUGGAUGGCUGGUGGAAAUCAUUGAGGGAGCAGUAUGCAACGAGCCAAGAUUCAGACCUCAAAGAAGAGAUUGAUGAGCAACUAGCGCACGGUUAUCAGUCAAUCAAGGGCUGCGUGGAGGAAAAUACUGGCUGGACGAUGCUACACAGACUUGAUAUGAGUGUCGAUUUCUACCACUACACAAGUGGGUUUGUAGAGGACGUGUGGCCUCUCUAUUACCAGCGUCCGCCUGGCAUUGCUCUCUGGUAAAUGUACAUACACACAGCUCCAUCACCCUCAGUUUUUAUCCUCGAAUGCAUACCGCAUGUCCAGGAUCUUGUUUUCAAUCUCCAACAGCUCCUUCAAUAUACUGUCACGGUACAAGCUAUCCGAAUCCUCGAAUUCUGAGCGGAUCCGCCGGAUUGUGUCCGUAGCCCAUGUACGUACAAAUGAAGACACGGACGAGAAGUAGUGUGGAUCUGUGUAAUUUGAUC